CAUAUAGAAGCAGCCAGGGGCAGACUGACCAUUUGGGGUCAGUAGGGGGCCCCAUGAGAUGCCCCUGGUACCUUUUUCAUAGGCUUUUUUUGAGUUUGGGCAAGGACACAGAGGCACCAUGAACCCCUAUUGCUUGGGGGCCCCAUGAGUUGUCAGUCUGCCCCUGGAAGCAUGCCUCCUCAUCAGUGCCCAUCAAUGCUGCCUCAUCAGUGCCACCUCAUCAGUGCCCCUCAGUUUAGCUUCAUCAGCACACAU